UUACGAGAAAAAGAAAGUUGGAAACACAAAUUCAUCCCAUUUUUUCUCUCAAAUAUUUCCUCAUCCGAUCGCAUUUCAUCCGUUUCUCAUUCCAUUAAUCUAUUUUUCGAUUGAAUUUCACUUCGAUUCGAUGUUGUAAUUUGAAUCACACGACUCCAUAACGUUUGCUACACAUCUCAUCAGCCCCUAAUUACUGAUGAACUUCACCGAUCCAGCAAUGUCGCUUUUGGCCGCUAGCGGAGGAGACACCGUUAAACUCUUUGAUGUUUCGGUGGAUCCCGGCGAUCCUUGUAUUCUCAGCCACACGCCUUCACCCGGUUCUCAAGUUAACUCCGUAAAGUGGAACCAUACAAAUUUGGUGGUGGCAAGUGCUGGUGAUGAUAAAAGGAUAUCUUUAUGGCGAAAGAAUGGUCAAAGCAUGGGGACUAUUCCUGCAGCCGGCAGCGACAGUGGCGACAAUAUAGAGGAGUCUAUUUUCACUAUCAACUUUAGUACCAAAGCAUCUCGUUACAUUUGUUCCGGUGGAAGUGCUCAAGUUGUGAGAAUAUGGGAUUUGCAGAGGAGAAGGUGUAUAAAGUGGUUGAAGGGCCAUACAGACACAAUAACAGAUGUGAAAUACAAUUGCAAAGAUGAGCACUUGGCUUCCAUUAGUCUUAGUGGUGAUCUUAUAAUUCAUAACCUUGCGUCGGGAGCGAGGGCUACUGAACUCAAGGAUCCUAAUGGGCAGGUAUUGAGGGUGCUUGAUUAUUCACGGAUUAGCAGACACCUUUUAGUGACUGCUGGUGAUGAUGGGUCUGUUCACCUGUGGGAUACAACUGGUCGCAGCCCAAAGGUUUCUUGGUUAAAGCAGCAUUCUGCACCAACUGCUGGUGUUAGUUUUUCACCAUCGAAUGACAAGAUGAUUGCUAGUGUGGGACUAGAUAAAAAGCUAUACACUUUCGACUCAGGAACAAGAAGACCCUCAUUUUGCAUUCCAUAUGAGUCACCUUUUUCUUCAGUGGCAUUUCGAGAUGAUGGAUACACACUGGCAGCUGGGACAACUACUGGGCAGGUCGUAUUUUAUGAUGUCCGUGGAAAGCCACAACCGUUUACUGUUCUUCGUGCUUAUGCAAAUUCUGAGGCCGUCACAAGUUUAUGCUGGCAAAGAUCAAAACCUAUAUUUGUAAAUGAAAAAACCUGCACAGCAGAUACGGCUCUCCUGGGAGGCACUGUGGAUGAUUCAAUCCUUAUGCCCGACCCACUUCCUUCAGCAACAAUGUCUAGUCAUUUACUCUCAACAGCGAUUGCCGGUUAUCGAAAUUCUAGUCGUGCUGGGCCCUCUCCAGAGUCAGCUCCGUCAACAGUUGCUAGUGGAUCAAUGUCAAGUAGUAACGAUUCAUCUGCAGGGGAAGAAACACCACUCCGAAGCACUCUUAGGGCUGGCGGAUUGGCUAGAUUACAUGCCCCACGGAGUUACAACUACAAGGAUGACAUGGAGGUUUUUUCUCCACUUGUAGAAGUUCAACCCAUUACACCCUCAUUUGAUAAGCUGUGGGGGGGAACAAAAACCGACUUUGAUAAGAGGACUUCUCUGCUGUUUCCUUCAUCCAAGAGAUUCCCUCUUGCACCGGAGGUUGGCAGUGAUCCGCAUUCGAUUUUUGACUGGAAACCUAACUCAACCACAAUACAGGAUGACAGCAGCACUCCUGUCUCUCGUCCAGCAACUUCUCCUGUAUCUUCCAAAACCGAUGAAUCACCAUCCAUUACUCCCCCAGAAGCUUGGGGUGGUGAGAGAUUGUCGGAUAAGUUUGUGCGCCCGCCACGUCAGUCAGUGACGCUACCUUCUCGCUUUGCAACACUGGCAACUUCCAGUAGUAUAUCUUCGGGAUCCAUGCUAUCUGGACUCCAAGAUCUUAGUUUGCCUUCAAGCCAAACGGCUAUGAACCCCGUUUCAAGUUCAAGCUUGAGCUUGGCUAAUUUCCGAGCCAGGGAUAACUCUUCUAAUCAAGAGAGUCCUUUAGGAUAUUCUGAAGGCCCAUUCAGCUCUACAUCUCUUUCACUUGGUGUGAAAGGCACUACUAACGUAGAAUCUUCAGGACUAGCGUUGACUCCAACACGAAGAUUUUCAAGUUAUGCCGAGAGGAUAAGCACUAAUCCGUCGUUAAGUGAUGGGACAUCAAUUGCUGUGGGUUCCCCGAAAACAAAAAAGACAGGAGCUGAAACAAGGGAAGAGCUUUUGAAUAGCUUUUCACCCCGGCAUGAGAUGUCGGCUGCCACAGAACCUGGAUUUCUUCCGUCCAUGAAUGGAAUGGAUACACAAGCCCAAAAAACAGGUUUGCAGGGUAAUUCACAGCAGGGAUCUUCGUUCUCACUUCAGCUAUUUCAAGGCACUCUUGAAGAAGCUCUUGGUUCUUUUCAGAAAUCGAUUCAUGAAGAUGUUAGAAAUCUGCAUAUCGAAGUUCUAAGACAGUUUCAUAUGCAGGAGAUGCAAAUGACAAAUGCAAUGAGUUCACUUUUGGAAAAUCAGGCAGAGCUUAUGAAGGAAAUCCAAUCUUUACGCAAAGAAAACCAGGAACUCCGGCAGCUUUUGUGAGCACUAGGGUUAGUGUUAGCUAUUCACCUCACUCGUGUGUCGUUUUGAGUUUUAAGUUGAGUGGGAAUAUUAUAGUAUUUCGCUGCUUCUCAUUGUUAGGAGGUAACACAUCGUUCUUAUGAAAAUGUAAGAGAAACACUGUAGUAGCAGUGUGUUUUAAAACAUGAGGGGGGAUUUUGGAAAGAUUGUGGAAAUGUAAAUGCAAACAAAACCACCUUUUUGGUCCAAAAAGUCUCAUUUUGAUAGUGGUUUUCGUUUUGCAUUUCUACAAAAUGGGUGGUUGGUUUGUAAUGAAAGUGAAAUAGUUGUAAGGUUUUUCUUGCUAAGGGUUGGUUUUAUUGUACUUGUAGUGAUGGCAUGAGUUGGAAAUGGUUUAGAAAAAGGGCAGUGAUAGAAGAUGUAUAUGAUUUAUGUAAUUUUCAUACA